AUGGCCUCCAGCACCUCCCUUGAGGCCGCCUUUGGCACCACCACCAACGCCAGCGCCAGCACCAAGGUGACCUUCAGCUCCUCCACCAACACCGGCGCCAGCUCCAAUCUUACCGCCGACGCCAGCACCAGCAUCGACACCAGCACCAGCUCCAAUCUUGCCACCAAUGCCAGCUCCAGCUCCAACACCGGCUCCAGCUCCGAUCUUUCCACCAGCGCCUCCUCCAACACCAGCACCAGCAUCAACGCCAGCACCAGCACCGAGAUGACCUUCAGCUCCUCCACCUACACCAGCGCCGGCGCCAAUCUUGCCUCCGGCACCUCCUCCAACACCAGCACCAGCACCAGCAUCAACGCCAGCGCCAGCACCGAUCUUGCCUCCAGCACCUCCGCCAACACCGGCGCCGGCACCCAGGCCGGCACCAGCGCCGAGAUGACCUUCAGCUCCUCCACCUACACCAGCACCAGCUCCAAUCUUGCCACCAAUGCCAGCUCCAGCUCCAACACCGGCUCCAGCUCCGAUCUUUCCACCAGCGCCUCCUCCAACACCAGCACCAGCAUCAACGCCAGCACCAGCACCGAGAUGACCUUCAGCUCCUCCACCUACACCAGCGCCGGCGCCAAUCUUGCCUCCGGCACCUCCUCCAACACCAGCACCAGCACCAGCAUCAACGCCAGCGCCAGCACCGAUCUUGCCUCCAGCACCUCCGCCAACACCGGCGCCGGCACCCAGGCCGGCACCAGCGCCGAGAUGACCUUCAGCUCCUCCACCUACACCAGCACCAGCUCCAAUCUUGCCACCAAUGCCAGCUCCAGCUCCAACACCGGCUCCAGCUCCGAUCUUUCCACCAGCGCCUCCUCCAACACCAGCACCAGCAUCAACGCCAGCACCAGCACCGAGAUGACCUUCAGCUCCUCCACCUACACCGGCGCCAGCACCGAUCUUGCCUCCAGCUCCUCCGCCGACACCAGCACCAGCACCCAGGCCAGCACCAGCUCCGACUCCAGCACCAGCGUCAAGACCGGCACCAGCUCCAAGGUGGCCUCCAACGCCACCAGAAGCACCGCCGCCGCCUCCAAAGAAAGUGGGAGUAGCUUCGCCCAGCGAAGCAAUAGCUCCCAGAGUUGGGAGGAUUCCAGUUCGAGCGAGUGUGCAAUAUAA